CCGUGUGUGCAUUUAAAGGUCGACCAGCCAGGAAGUUGAGGUAGCUAGCCUAGAUAUGUUAUCCAUUUUGCAAUCAUAAUGGGAUAGUAUAAGAUAACCGGCAUGUGAAUGAAAGCAUGACUUCUUUUAAAGAGUUCUGUCAUUACUCAUAAAAACGUCUUCAUCUAAAGCAGGGCCAGGACAAUUACAGAGCUAAAUCCUGUGGUGUUAUUAGAUUGAAUGAUCAUCAAGGACAACAACCACCCGAGCCACUGCCUGUUCACACUGCUGUCAUCCAGAGGUUUGCUGGGGGGAAAUAUGCUGGGACUUGUAGGCUUCAUAGGGGGUGACCUCCAUGCUACGUCUGGGAGACACCUGAGAUGCACCUUGAGGUCUCCAACAGUCCAACAGACUUCUGGCUCCACAAACCACCCCCAGAGGGCAUGGCUCGCCUCACAGGCACCCCUCUGUGGACACCAAACCCCUAAACAUAGGACAGGGCUAUAUGGCCCUUUUACACACCCGCAACAGACACUGGGGAGUUCCCGUGGCCCCUUCUCCCUACCUCUUUUCACCCAGAGGGUCGCCCUCUCCCAGGGACCCAACACCUCCACAGCCAAGAUCAGGCUGCGAACGCGCCUGGUGGUCACCCUGCUGUUCGGCGGGGGUCUGCUUGGCACCUGGUGGUACGUGCGUGACGAGAAGCAGCAAAAUCACCAAAUGCAGCGGAUAGAGCAGUUGAAAAAGGUGGCCCUGGGCCAGGGAGACUUCAGCCUCCUCGACCACAGGGGGCACCGCAAGACCAAGAGAGACUUCCUGGGUCACUGGGUGCUCCUCUACUUUGGCUUCACCCACUGCCCUGACAUCUGCCCCGAUGAGCUGGAUAAGAUAUCUGCUGUGGUCAGCGCUCUGGACAAGGACCGGUCUCUCCCCGCGGUCCAACCGCUAUUUGUGACGGUCGACCCGGAACGAGACGACGUGGCGGCCCUGGAGAGGUACGUGAAGGACUUCCACCCCCGGCUGAUCGGCCUGACGGGUACCCCAGAGGAGGUGAAGGUGGCAGGGAAGGACUACAGGGUGUACGCCAGCCCUGGACCGAAGGAUGAGGACGGGGACUAUAUAGUGGACCACACCAUCCUCAUCUACCUGGUCAACCCAGAUGGGCUGUUCCUGGACUAUUACAACAGGAUGAAGGACGACGUGCAGAUCGCUGAGAGCGUCAGGAACCAUAUGAAGAGCUACGUCAAACUCUGAAUGAAUGACUGUAACCACACCAACAAGACUCUAUCAAAGUAUAGUAUGUUACACUUAAGCUGAACCCAAUGUCCAGGUAACAAUAAUCCUCCAUCAGAAAUGAGGCCCUGUGAAUUGUUCUCAGACCAGACUGAACCACAACAAUAUGGACGCUUCGUCGAGGCUAUGCUGAUUCUGUGUGUGCAAUAAAUUGUUUUUGUCUGACACCAAUAA